GCGUGAGAGAGGUUCUUGGAAAUAGAACGCGUGCUAUGUCUGCCAGUAAAAACUUCCUCCUAUAGGUUUCCUUAGGCGGUUCACGUCUGAGAUUAUUAAUGGUUCCAGUUCGUAAAGUUUUUUAACUCUUCUAAGAGUUGAAUUUGAAUUGUUGAUUAGUUUGUUAUUGAAAAGUUAUCAUCGAACUGGGUUGUGAUAGCGGGGACUCAAUAACCUUAUAAUACUAAUUCAUUCAAGGACGAUUUUCAGCAUUUAAAUUUCUGUUUAAUUGUUAACUAGAUUUGUUAUAAUGGAAGCCACAGCAAAACACGAUUUUAAUGCAACUGCCGAAGAUGAAUUGAGUUUCCGGAAAAGCCAAGUAUUAAAGAUCCUUAAUAUGGAAGAUGACAUGAAUUGGUACAGGGCAGAAUUAGAUGGAAGAGAAGGCCUUAUCCCUAGUAAUUACAUUGAAAUGAAAAAUCAUGAUUGGUAUUAUGGUAGAAUAACAAGAGCUGAUGCGGAAAAGUUGUUAAUGAACAAAUAUGAAGGAGCUUUUCUUAUACGAAUCAGUGAAAGUUCACCCGGAGAUUUUUCGCUAUCAGUCAAAUGCUCAGAUGGAGUACAGCAUUUUAAAGUAUUAAGAGAUGCCCAAGGAAAAUUUUUCCUUUGGGUUGUAAAAUUCAAUAGCCUUAAUGAAUUAGUAGAGUACCAUCGGACAGCUUCUGUCUCCCGAUCACAAGAUGUCAAACUGAGAGAUAUGGUCCCAGAAGAGUGUUUGGUUCAAGCUUUAUAUGAUUUUACACCCCAGGAGGCCGGUGAAUUAGGUUUUAGGCGAGGCGAUGUUAUCACAGUGACAGACCGCUCUGAUCAACAUUGGUGGCACGGAGAAAUAGGACCGAGGCGAGGUCUUUUUCCCGCAACUUAUAUUACACCUUAUCACAGCUCGUAGUGAAG